AUGGCAGAGAACGCGAAAGUCGAGCUAUUGAAGCAAGUGAUUCAAGACAAAAACGAUCAAAUAGCUCGACUUGAAGAAGCCGUCAGAAAAUUAAAAAGAAUCACCAGGGAUCAAUCAAUGCAAAUAGAUCGCCAGCAGAAGACCGUCACCGCCAUCCGUAUGCUCGUGGAGCCGGGAAAAGGAUCAGUCGCCUUCGCCAAGCACGACUACGAGGCCAGUGAAUCGGGCGAAAUCAGUUUUAGCAAAGGCCAACGAAUAAUGCUACUGGAAAAACCAGACGCUGAGGGAUGGGCCCGAGGACGAACCGAGGAUGGAAGCGAAGCGAUCUUUCCCAUCGAUUUUCUGGACAUAGUUACCUUGUGA